AUGAGGGACUACACCGUCUCUGUUAUCUGUUGUUGUUUCAGUAUCUUUACAGAACAAAUUCGAUAGAGAGAAUAGAACUAUGGAGUGUUUGUUUUUUUGAUUGAUUUAUCUCGUUUUAUUUUCUUUUAUUUAAUAAUUAGUGGAUUUAUAGUCCACACUCUAUUCCAGUUGGUGGCGGUAAUGCACCAUAACGUUGAUUGCCAACCGCCAUAGAACUUUACGAAGAAGAAGAGUCUCUCUGCGCUUGCCCAAAUCUUCAAAAGCACAUUGCGUUAAAGCAGCGUUUCUUGUUUCGCUGUUGAUUUAGUUAGAAAAUGAUACUUUAAGUUGUCUCAGACAUACAUUGUGCAGCUGCAGGUGUUUUGGUCAGCGCAUCGCUUGGCUACAAGUCAUGUAUCUUGUUCUCUUCCGUAAAUUCAUCUUCGAGUCUUUUGUUUUGGAAGUUGUGUCUGUGUAACGUUACGCAGGUGUUUAAAAACACGGAGGGAAAGUGUUCACUGACGCCAUGUAGAUACAUACGUACUGCCAGUGUCUGUAAUGUGUCUUUGUUUCGAUUAUUUUACUAAACGUGAGUGUCAACUGUCAUAUUUGAUAACCGUGGCCGCGGCGGGAUGCAAGAAUCAGAAUCAGACGUUGAAAAGUCUCAACAGUCGCUGGUUUUCUUUGACUUGGAGACAACUGGACUGGGUCAGAGUUGUGAGAUCGUCCAGCUGGCUGCAGUGAGUGGAGGCCACUCGCUCAACCUCUACAUCAUCCCUCGGUGUCGAAUGCAGCGAGGAGCAGCCAGAGUGACCGGCUUCAGGGUCCGCAGACAGAGACUGUACCUCCAUCGGCAACUUGUCCUCACCAACUCCCUGCGGGAGGUCCUGGUCUCCUUCAUAGCUUUCCUUCAAAUGCUCGGAUGCCCGCUUGUCAUCGGCCACAACAUUCGCCGCUUCGACUGUCCACUGUUGGCUCGAGCUCUCGAUGAACUGGACCUCCGAGCAGAGUUUGAGUCAUCAGUCUCGGGCUACGUUGACACUCUACCGCUGGCUCGGGAGAUGCUGAAGGACCGCCGCCUCCAGAGUUUUCGACAGGAGAACCUGGUCAGGGAGCUGCUGGGUGUGAACUACAAGGCCCAUGAUGCUUUGGAGGAUGUGCGAGCAUUACAGGCACUGUAUAAGGCGCUUCAGCCCACACCAGAGUUGAUCUUUAGGCAUAGGUUUACUCUGGACACCAUGGAAAACAAACCAGCUGCUAAAUCUCUAGUGCACUGUAAGAUACCAGAACAGCGCCCCCUGUGGGAGCACUUCAGACUGACAGUGCAGGGCACAGAGAGCAAAGCAGAGGACCACGAUGGACAACUUAAUGAAUUAUAAAACUUUUGACAUCAUAAUAAAUUAUCAGACUGAGCCAUAAACAAAUGAGACCAUAACACAGAAGACUGGCAGCCUUCAUCAGCCUGUAUAUGGUGAAUUGUACAUUGUGUGCCACAAGGUAGAACACAUGAAACCCACUGAAUUUGCUUGAUGGCACAAAACAAGAGGGCUGCAAACAGAGCUGAAGCUGUGAGAGUUUCCUCCAAUGGCUGAUGGUGGAACAAAUGAAAAUCUGACUGGAGAAAAUCACUUCAGUGAUCCUCUUCGGUGAAGCAAAAAGGAAAACAAUGAACUACAGCGCAAAUGGAUUUUUCCAGCAACAGUUUGUGGAAGCUUUUGAAAGGUGAGGGUACGAAGACAAUGCAUGCACAUCUGAAAGUCACACAGUACUACUUCAGCCACUGCCUAAGCCUACUUCUUCUAGACUUCCUUUAUUGGCUUUGUCGAUCUGUACGCUUCAGUCUCACUCCUUUUGAUUAUUCCAGAAACAUGCACUUUAAUUUAUUGCACCAUGAAUCUUAACGUGGCUGUUGAAAUCUGUGUACUGUUUGCUACUUCUUCGCCAUUUGUUUCAGCAACAACAAACUGGCAGACUGUCUUUAUCCACAAUGAGUAUUUCUUAACAAAAAACGAUUCAGAGGUCUGUUUAUGUGAUUUUAUAAAUGGUGAAAAUGUAGAUAAUGGUGGGCAGAUUUUUUAAAAAAUGUCUGAUUAUCAGUCAUCAAUGUGUGGAAAUGGUGAUGACUGUUGUCAAUUUGCCUUGCGUAAAUAGUUUGGUUACUGAGAAAAUUUGAUGUACUUUUAUUCUGAAUUCUCUUAAAGGUUUCAAUGAGCUCUACAUAGUUUUAUUGGAGGUAAAUAAAUCUGCUAAUAAAUAUAUUGUAUUUCUACAGUGUGUCCCAAGUGAUACUUGAUUGCUGGUUAGUACUUGAUAAAUAUGUGAAUAUUUCAAGUAGGGCUGCGAGAUACGGCUGAAAUCAAUAUCACAAUAUUAAUAAGAAUCAGUGUUUUCCCCCAUUAUUGAUAUAUUUCAGUAUAUAUGGCUCAAUUAUACAUACAAUAUUCAAAUGGAUGUUUACAGUUUUUUACAAUCGCUAUGACAGUUUUUUCAAUACAUUUAACAAGUUUCCUAAACUCUUAACACGGUUAGCACAACAUCCGUCUUUGUAGGCUGUACACAUUUCUUGUUGCUUUGAUACAAAAUGCAUACAGUUAACACCGAUUUAAAAUGCUUGAACUUCUUUUACACACAAGCUCAACCAAGACCAAAACAAUGUAAUUUUACAGUCAAAUUUACAAAAGCUUUCACACUGUAUGUCAGAACAGAUAACAUCAUGUUCUAAACAUAACUUAUAUAGGCUAAAGUCAAAGUGAACAGCUGUUCAUAUUGUGAAUUGAAACACAAAUAUUCCCUGUAUUUUAUUCCAUUGCUAAUGAGAAACAGCUUAUUGCAAUUAUGCAAAUAUAUAAAUCACAGCUGAUCACUGCCAGGGGUGGAUAAGGCAUGCCAAAAGAUUCUUCCCACGGUGCCUUGCCAGAGAAGAUAUCAGGUGUGAUGUGGAUGAGAACAUGUGGCCAAAUGCAGAAGACGGGACAGAUUAGAAGAUUACUUUGUUUUUUUUGUUAUAAUUCCGGUCCUUUUUCUGUUUGUAUAUCUUGCAGUAAUGUCCUUUUGCAAAUAAAGUCUUCACUGCAGCAAUUCUGUGUCUGUUUUUUUUUUUUUUUUUUUUACAUAAACUGUACAUUUUAUAAAGCUACUCUGAGAUGGUCAUUCAUUUUUGUAUUGAAUUUCUGCAGCAAAAGAAACAAAAUGCAUGCAUUUACUAAACCCAACAAAACAAAAAUGUAGAGGCUUCAAAAGAAACUACAAUGCAAAACACAAUCUAUGAUCAAUACAAUAUACUGUCUAUUGUAUAAGGGCAGACCUGACACAUAAAAUAAUGCAGUUUCUGUAAUUUUAGCUGAUGAUAGUGUUUUUUUGUCAUUGUGUUAUGACUGACUAAAUGUUCCUGUUGGAAGAGAACGCGUGUUAUUGUUUUGAAUAAUAAUUUGAUUUUAAAACAUGUUUGCAGUGUUUUGUUAGACACAGUGUAUUGUGUUAGUUUAUUAUUGUAUUUUGAAAAUUAGUUUUGGGGUUUAGUUUACAAUGUGUGAUUUUGAGCAUGAAAUUAACCGUUUUGCCAAUUGUGUGUUUUAGGUGUGUUGGUGCGUUAAGAGUUUAGGAAAAUUGUGAAAUGUAUUGAAAAAACUGUCAUGGCGAUUGUGGAAAAAAACUGUAAUGCAAUAAACUUCUCAAUCAUAAUGUACAUCAGAUAAAACUAUUUACAUAUUUAAAACAAAAAUACUUAACAGAUUUUAUUUGGACUUUGAAAGUAACACAGUAUACUAACAUGAUAUGAUCAUACUAGUUCACUGAGUUAUCGGGAACUUUGCGAAUAAAACCUUAAAUCUGAAGUCUGAGGGCGAAGUUAACCAGAUAACUAAAGUAAAUCUGCUUGUUGAAACAGGCCCUUAAUGUGUUUUGACCAUUAUUGUAAGGUUUAAACAACAUACAGUACAGACGCAACACUAAAAAUAAGGAGUUCAGACAGUGUAGUAACAGAACAAGGCUUUAUUAAUCCACUUUUACAUACGCAUGUUCUCUGCAGUCCCAGGCUACAGCAUCACCUUCAUCAAAAAUGCUAAACCAUGCCCUCACUAGAGACAUACGAAAUGUUCUCACAAUAGUUAAAUAAAACAAUUAAGGUAAAACAUUGUGGCCUUCAGAUUUGUGUGCAUUUGAAGGACAUGAGUUAGAAGUGAAAAAAUCAAAACGUGAUUUCUCUGGCAAGUCCUGGACGUACAGUAUUAAAACUAAAAGGUGACGACAACAUCAGUAACAAAGGUGUGACCGUCAAAUGAAAAGUUAAAAUUCAAAAUCUAAUUCUGUUUGAAACAUUGACCUGCACGAGAUUCCGUCACUAAAUGAAAACCUUUUGAAAAGAUGGCAAAUAGUAGGUUGGUUGUUGACAAAAAUAACUGGAGACUCAACACUUCUAGCGAUACAGACGGAGGAAUAUGAGGUAAUGUUUUUUUAAUCGAAAAGAUGCAGUGAUUUUUAACUAUAAACGCCCUUCUGUCUCUUAAUACUCGUCAAUUUUUCAACAAUCUUAGCAACAACAAACAACUAAAGGUUUAGUGCAUCUAUAUUAGGGACAAGCUUAGAGAUCAACCUACAUCACUAACAUGGUCAGGAAGUAGGUCAAAGCAUUACCAGGGUUGGCUCAGUUCACCUGUAGUCAUUCAUUCACGUCAAACUAUUAAGAGAAAUAUUUACUCACCGGUAGGUUGGCUGGCUGAUAGAGCAUUCAUUCUCAAAGAUUUGAUUCAAAAUAACCUAUAAAAACUGUUAAGAAGAAAAUCCACUUCAUGAUUGAUUGGAUUCAGAUUGACCCUGGUAUGAACUCGAAUAUUACGCAGAAGUUUGCACCAUACUGAAAUAAUCUAGUUACAAUAUUGUACCAACAUGUUGGAAAGCGGUCAUCAUAAAAGAUUUUACUGUGAGGAUAAACCACUCACCCCGAUAUCACAAUGUACAGGUAAAACCUUAUAAUAGAGUGCUGUUUCAGGGAUCGUUUCUCUCAGUAUAUAGAUGAAGCAGUACAAACAACAAAACAUGCAAAGUCUGAAAAAUUGGCUUCAAAUACUUAGAAAUACAGACAUGUCUGUUCCUAUAAUACUAUGAAACUGAAUGCAGCAUUUUCUUGUACAACUGUACAAGACGUGGAUGUGUUAACAGGCUUGGGGUCAAACUGUAGUAUAUCCAGUAUACAACAAGCAGCAGUAGUGCAUUUUCAAUUAUAUAGAACUUGGCGUUUUAAUCAAUAUGCAU